UAAACAUGCAGCCCUAUAUAUAAACACUGAAAGCAUUUCUUCUCAGACCACUCUAGUCUUCUGGAGUUCAACAUUGGUGACCAAGAUUUAUUGAGAAUUUGAAAUCUUUCUGCAAUCAACCCGAUUCGGUGCAUCUUUCAUCAGGUUAAGAAUUCAUGGCCGAAAGAGAUGUGAAUUCAAUCCAUGAUCCUGAAAUACAAGAAUCACAUUCAAUAAAUAUCGAAAUGGCUGUUGAUCCAAUAAAUAGUGCUCCCCAAGUGCCAAAUGAUCAGGCCCAGAAUGGUACUUCAACUGAAUCAACUCAAGAGACGUCUUCUAGUGAAAAUGGAAAGGUUUAUGCCCCAGAAAGAGUGGUUCUUUAUAGGGCCGCAUUAAAAGGUGACUGGGCAACUGCCGAAGGUUUGUUAGGACAAGAUCGAUCACUGUUGCGUGGCGAGAUCGCAAAGAAUGGCGAAACUGUUCUUCAUAUUGCAGCAGGAGCAAAACAAAUUGGAUUUGUAGAGAAGUUGCUAGAAUGGAUAGAACCUCAAUACCUUACUCUGAAAGACAGAAAUGAAAACUCGGCCUUUUGUUUUGCAGUGGCAGCUGGAGCAAUCGAAAUUGCUAAAAUUAUGUUGAAAAAGAAUGAAGAACUGUUGGUAACUCGAGGGGGGCAAGAUAUGACUCCAAUCUAUCUAGCUGCGAUAUUUGGUUACAGGGACAUGGCAUCAUAUUUAUAUAGGACAGUUCAAGAAAUGGAAGUUAUUUUGGCCGUGGAGGACAAAGCUUCUCUUUUUUUUGCUUGUUUGUAUACAGCAUUAUACGAUCUCGCAAAGGACUUGCUAAUUGAUCGUCCAGAUUUAGCUAUGGUACGUGACGAAAAUCAAGAUACGGCCUUGCAGAUUUUGGCACGACAGCCUUCGUCAUUUGCUGGCAGAAAAGGAGGACUAUUGAAGAGGCUAAUCAGCUCAUUCCCAGGAGUGAAGAAUAAUCACAAAACGGAUUCGGCAUCAACUAAAGCUCCUGAAUUAGCGGAACGUCUUUUGGACAUAUUAUCAGAAAAAGGUGAAUUGGAGGACCCAAACCUAAACUUCAUGUUCGAUGCAGCUAAAUUGGGAAACUUCAAGUUCUUGAACAUGUUCAUUAGCCGUUAUCCAAAUUUGGUUGACAAACUUGAUGAAAAUAAAUAUAGCAUAUUUCACAUUGCGGUUAUACACCGUCAUGCUGAUAUAUUCAGACUAAUAUUUGGGAUACUAGACUUGAACAGAGAGGUAAUGACCGCCUUAGUAGACAAAGAUAAGAACAAUAUAUUGCAUUUAGUUGCGAAACUUCCACAUCCAAGUCGACUCAGUAUCGUAUCAGGUGCAGCUCUACAAAUGCAACGAGAGUUAUUAUGGUUUAAGGAGAUUGAGAAGGUGGUGAAACCUUCUUAUAGAAAAAAGAAAAAUUCAAGCGGCAAAACACCUCAAGAAUUGUUUACGGAGGAGCAUAAAGGGUUGUUGAGAGCUGGAGAAUCGUGGAUGAAGAACACAGCUACCUCAUGUAUGCUUGUUGCAACAAUCGUCACCUCUGUAAUUUUUGCAGCGGCAUUUAGUGUACCUGGUGGCUAUGAGGACAAGACAGGAAUACCUAAUCUUUUGAAAGAUAAUUUAUUUCACGUUUUUUCCAUAUCAAAUGCAAUAGCAUUGUCCUCCUCUAUCAUCUCAGCUUUGAUGUUUUUGUCGAUCCUUAUCUCGCGUUAUACAGAAGACGAUUUUCGUAAGUCAUUACCACUUAAAUUGAUUGGUGGACUCUUAUCUCUCUAUGUCUCCUUAGUAACCAUGAUGAUAGCUUUCAUCACAUCCUUCUUGCUAGCUUAUCAUGACAGAUUAAAUUUCGCCACCAUAACCACUAUAGUAAUGUCUGUGGCAGCCACUCUUUUUGUCCUGUUACAAUAUCCCCUUUUGAGAGACACAUUUUAUUCAACAUACAAUUCGAGGUUUCUGUUCAAGUCAAGUACUGCUAUGCUUUAAUUAGCCAGAAUAAUAGAAGUUAGUGGUACUGUAGCAUCUAAAUUGAUGUUAAAUAAGCUUUUCAAUUAAAUUAUGUACUUCAGUCUUCAAUGACUAUGAACUGGUGUUUUGUGAAUCUUUCUCUAUCAUUUUCUGAAAUUAUAUCUAGUUUUUCAUAAUUUAUGUA